UCAUUUAUUUUGUCACAUCUGCUAUUCUUCUGGCAUAUCUAGCCAAUUUCUUCGGCUAAGUGACUUAGUCUUACCUUCUGCCUCCUCUAUAGCUGUGAGCAGUGACCUGUGGACAUUGUAAUGGAAAUUUUGAUAUUUUUAUCUGUGAAAUUGGGCAUAAUGAUUGGGAACAAAUGAUACAUUUCAAACCAUUUGCUUUUGCACUGGAGCACAUCUUGUCCACUUUGUGGCAAUAGUGGUAACUGGAGAAGUUUAGUAUUUUCAGUCCUGACACUGGUCACUGGCAUCAAUUACACUACCAUCCUUAAACAUUUUAUUUCCUCUUUCUUCUAGAAGGGAGUAAAAACUUUAUAAAAUACAGAAGCGUUACUUCUGACAUCACAAUUAGACUGACUUUUGUAUAAUAUUUUUUAUCUGUUAAAAAUGUCACCAUCAAGUCACUUUGGAAAUUUUUAUUUCUUUUGUAUAAUUACUAAGGUAAGCAGUCAUUUAAUAUUUUCAAAAUGAAUAAUUUGUGUGUUGAUGUGGAAGUGUUCCCAGUUCUUGUAACUGAAUAUGUUGAAAAGAAAUUGUGUAAUUUUGCCUAUAUGUAAGUAAUGAUGGUAUGCCACUGUCUGUACACAUGUAAAUAUGAAUGUACAUAUUUUAAGAAAAAAAAUUAUGCAUAGCAAGAUACAAGGAGCUGUGCAUUUUGAUGCUCAGUUUAUAAAUAUGAAAGGCUACACAUGUGAAUUCUUAAGCAUCAAGACUUUCAUUAAUCUGUAAAAAUCCUCGUGAAGGUUUGCAUGAUGUGUGGUGUAUCUUAUCAUGUGGCAUAGUCACAGUCAUUUCCUUUAUCUGAAAGAUAAAGUCACCACAUAUUUCCUUCCUCUGUGUGUAUUUAAACUCAUUGUAAUGUAGACACAAGACAAAGCAGCUAAGCCUAAUAGUUAAAGAUGUGCUGUUAUUUUGUGAUAUUUAAAUGUGCAGUGGGAUCAGUAUUGUUUUUUACAAAGUGAAAAAUGUUGUGCCAGUUGUUUGAAUGACCUAGUCUUUAAAUGUAUGAGAGAAUUUGUUAGUGUUAUUUUAUUGCUUACAACUUCUGCAAGCACAGUUUAGGAAGAGGUGUGUGUGUGUGUGUGUGUGUGUGUGUGUGUGUGUGUGUGUUGUGCAAGGAGUGUGAAUCUAUCUAUAUACAUGUAAGAAUGCAUUUUUGUACGUGUUCUAAAUAAGUAUAUUUAUUGUACAAAGAUUUUGACUGAUAACUGAAAAUUAUUAGCUAUAUUUCUUAGAUUUGUGUCAGAUUUUAUUAUCGAUGUAAAAUAAAUGAGAAUACCGAUGCAUCUCUUGUUUGUUAUUAGUAAAGCCAGAAACCAUUGGUAAACUAAUGUCCUUUCAUUUGGUGCAAUAUCUGCCAUUUCUAGAAGAGAGGCACAAUACGUAACAAUUUUGUACUACCUAACCAUCACUGAAUAAACUGCGUGACCAAAGCUUCUAAAUAACAUGUAUUUAAAAGAGAAUACACGGUUAUAAAAAUGUACAAAUAACCCCUGUGAUCAAAUCAUAGGCGAUUUUAUUCAAUACUAUUCUGCGAGCUUUGUCGCCUAAUCUUGUUAUUUAGUAUUUACUAUUCGUUCUGUCUUCGAUCGCCUAAGCAUCUUUGACGUAACCGAUAUUUUCAUCUUCGGUGUUAAAACGAUAUGUGGUGGCAUCUGGCGGUAAUGAUCUGCACUAGAAAUCCGUACGAAUAUUUUUCGAAUAUUCGUUUUUUGAGGGCAAUAUUGACUGAAAGUAAUAAGGGUGCGUCCCGGGAGCAGAGGGCGCGGCUGCGGAGGUGCAGGCGGCAGCCCACAUGACCGCGUGACGGGACCUCGCCGCCCAAGCUGGCGCUGGCGCCGGCGCAGCCGCUGACCGCCGUCAGGUGACGAUGAUGUCGCGGGCGGAGGGCCGCGUCAAGGAGGAGGUGGAGCCGCUGUGCUCGCCGUCCAACAGCGGCGGCAGCCUCUACUCGCCGUGCACCACGACGGCGCUGCCCGGCGACCUUGCUGAUGAACCAGUGGCAAGGAACGAUAUGCCUGCCUGCGUAAAGGUAGAAUUUUGUGAAGAAGAGGGGCAGAGGUACAAUGUCUCAGGCACGUGUUCACCAAGUGGAGGAAGUCCUGACAGGCAAUACUGCAGCUCCACAACACAACCUGGUCCUGGCAAUGCUGAAGAGGGCAUGAAGGAGGAGGAUCUUCCAAGAAGACUGUGCUUAGUUUGUGGAGAUACAGCAUCAGGGUUCCACUACGGUGUUGCCUCUUGUGAGGCGUGCAAGGCUUUCUUCAAGAGAACAAUUCAAGGUAACAUUGAGUACACCUGCCCUGCAUCAAAUGACUGUGAAAUAAACAAGCGCCGACGUAAAGCGUGUCAAGCCUGUAGGUUCCAGAAGUGCUUGCGAAUGGGUAUGCUGAAGGAAGGUGUGCGUUUAGAUAGAGUGCGAGGUGGGCGGCAGAAAUACCGUCGAAAUCCAGACACAUUGUUCCCAAGUACUCAGCCUCAACACUUCUCUAUGCAACCUGGGAAACCAGCACCAACACUUGAAGAUAACAAAAUUUUAGAAGCAUUAUCAGCUUGUGAACCUGACAUGCUGUCUGCAUCUCCGGACACAACAGUAUCUGAUCCUGACUUACGGACAAUAAGCACCCUUAGUGACCUUUAUGACCGUGAGCUUGUGGGCAUCAUUGGCUGGGCUAAGCAGAUACCUGGAUUCAUGGAAUUGUCACUGAAUGAUCAGAUGAGGCUACUUCAGAGUACAUGGGCAGAAAUCCUUACUUUAACACUGACCUUUCGAUCACUUACAUCUGGUGGUCGCCUCAGGUUUGCAUUGGAUUUCAGUCUAGAGGAACAAGCUGCACGUGAUUGUGGUGCCAUUGAGCUUUAUCAGCAUUGUAUGCAGGUUAUAGAGCGACUACAAGCUGUCUCAGUCAGUAAGGAAGAAUAUUAUCUACUCAAGGCACUUGUGCUGGCAAAUUCAGAUGUGCACAUGGAUGAUGCUGUGUCACUAAAGAGGUUUCGUGAUAGCAUUUUAUCAGCACUGAGUGACUGUGUUGCAGUCAUCAGGCCAGGAUCACCAUUACAUCACACACAACACCUGUUACUGCUACUGCCUGCCUUGCGUCAAGCAGAUCACGUCGUUAGACGCUUCUGGAGCAUGGUGAACCGUGAGGGAAAGGUACCCAUGAAUAAACUCUUUGUUGAGAUGCUGGAAGCAUGUUUUCGAUGAAGGAGUCCACACAGAGCUGCCUAGUAAACGGUGUGACGAACCCAAUCUGUAUCUUGUGCCUUUGUCAGUCAUUGUCUGCACAUUAUUAAGAUUAUCGAAAGUAAAAUGCAGCUUCCUAAAAUUGUAUCUGCAUUGUUCAUAGAAUUAUCAUGACAUGCAGUUUUACUGUUGACAUUUGGUUAAACAAAUGAAACAUUUGGAAGAUGCUCAUGUACAUGUGGGAUUUAUUACUUGAAUUGUUGUAAUUACUUUACAUUUUUGUGCAGUUAUAGUUUUUAACAACCUUUUUCCAUCCCCAGUUACAAAAAUACUGCCAGAAAUUCUUUGAUCCUUUCAAAAUAAUUUGUUGUUCUCCAGCUAAAGUCUUGUUUUAAAAUGUAGUAAUUAUGUAUCAUAAAGUGUAGCAUUAAUAGUUUUGUCACAGUACUGCAAAAAUAUAUAUUACAGACAACCAUGGCUGCUACUUACAUAGGAAAAUUGAAAAUCUCGUAACAUGUAAUUCAAAGUGUUGUUACUAUUGGAGUUACACAUAUCCUCAGAAUUAGAUGUUAUUGAUUUGUUACACUGUAAUGUAAGACCAACUAUAGGUUUAUUUUUUGAUAAUGUUGGGAAUGGCUGAUGAGCAAAAGUUAACCGCACCAUUAUGAAGCUCCUCUUUGUCCAUUGUGUUUCAUCUCUUGUUUCAGAAUUUUUUAGUACUCUACCUUGUACCAUAUAUGUGUGUAAGUGGUUUGCUCUAGGUAUGUGUGUUAGAUGUACAGAACUGAAUAUUUAAGAGACAGGCCUAAUGGGGCAGCAUAAUAGAGUGAACCACAUCUUGAAGAAAUCAAGAGCAGCAAAUUGCAGUGUUUGACAAAGGAAAAACAGAGAAGAAAUGAUACUGUUAAAAGACAUGAAUUAUGAGUGAUAUUUAUAGCAUACAAACUGAAUUGGGGGCUUGUUUGAGUGUUGUGAUGUAACAUUUCUUGUCUGUCCUUUGUUCUGUAUUUUUCCUUAUUCAUUGCAUGAUUCUGUGUUGCAGGUUAAACACAUUAUAAUCUUGUGCUCAAAUGUUUAUCCGAAGUGAAAAAUCAAAUGUAAAAAUUGAUUCAGCUUUAUCAUUUGGGAGUACUUCUUGUGAAGUUGCAGUGUUCCUUUUGUUUCCUUUUAAUAACUUACUACAAAAUGAGUUCAUGUUUUGCAACAGAGUAUUUCAGAUGGAAAGAUUCAACAUGCUUAAUUUGUUGUAGCAUCUUUGAAGUAGCUCAACAUUUUUCAAACUUAAGUCUGUGAAGUCAUUCUCAUAAAGCUGCUCUUAGUAGAAAGUUCAGCAAACUGUUUGUUUGGUCUACAUCUAUUAGCUUUAAGGUUUUGUAAUUCAAUGUAAAUGUAAAUAUUCAUCAUCAUUAGUUAGGUCUAUAGCUUGUCCCAAAAUAUCUAUUGCUGCCUUCAUGACAGCUCAGGUAUGGUAUAAAAUGUUUCGAAUCCUCUUCAAUAUGAAAAAGAAUUCAUAGUUCUGAAAUGUAGGAGAACGAAUAUUAAUGGUGGCAGUUUGUAAAAGAUCAGCCUGUAGUAUGAUUUACCAUGAUGAUGUGUAUUGUUGGCUAUAUUCUGCCAUUUUGUGCAGAAUGAUUGUGAUGUGUUUUUUAUAACAAACAGUGCAGCCAGUAUGAAGUGUUCUGAUGUAAAACAAGAAUAUGCUGAACAGUUGACAGUAUGAGUUUGUACACAACAAAUAAAAUAUGUAUAUUAGAUGUGAGGAGGCAAACAUAUGAGAAAGUUGCGAAAGCAGUUACUUCUCCACCAUAGCCAGAAUGGAAUGCAAGAAAGAAAAUUUGAAGCUAGGGAUACAUCUGUCUCUACCCGAUUUGUAGGAUGACUUUUAAGUUCUCAUAUUGUCAACAUAGUUGUGGAAACAAAAAGAUGUAUUCUCCCACGAUAAUAUUAAUGCACUUUUCAGGCUGUUACAUAAUACAUAAUAUAUGGUUUGAAAACAGAUAAUACUCUGUGUAAAUGUGACAACUGGCUGUGAUGUUAAUUCUUUUGAAUCUGCAGAAAUUGACUACAAAAUAGUUUGUUUUAUUGUCAGAGGGAAAACAAAAUUUAUAUUUGUUAAUUAGUAGUUAGCUCUUAUGGCAGGUCUGUGCACACAUAAUUAUAUGGAUCAAUUUACGGUGGUACAUCAGUUCAGAUGAAGUUGUUUAUAUCAAUCUUUGUUUUAUGAUGCCAAGGUCUUUUGUAAUUAGGAAACAAUGUUUCACUUCACAUCACCCUUAAAGUAAAUGUGCAGAUUGAAGAUCUGUUAAUGCCAAGGCAAUAAAAACUGUGUCUUUGCUUGCACACAAAACAUAUUGUUCAAAAUGUAAAUAGUGAUUGUGCAAAAGAAACGAAAGAAAAUAUUUAUUAAUGUUGUUGCGCCAGGCAAACUUUAAUUUUUUUUUAAAGACUUAACUGUCGUUAUAUCUUACUUUCUGUACUUCUAAGGCCAUUUUCACCAGGACUGUAAUCAAAGGAAAAUAUUGAAUGUCUGCUGCUCUGAUUUUAUAUUAUUUUGUUAUCACCUACCCUUAGAAUAGCAUGAUUUUGUUCCAGAGUGAUACAUAUUUUUCAAAUGCUUGACUGUCUUAUAGUUGCUGAUUGGUGAGCCACCACAGUCUGAUAAGUCUUGUUCAGUCAUUAGAACUAAGUGCAAUGUAAAACAAGUGUUGAAAUAUGCAACAUGGUCUACAUAAUUCACAAUUUCUGAUUUGGAAAUCUCUGUCUCUUUUUGUACUACUUCUGGUACUCCAUGUUUUGGAGUAUGCGAUUAAUAUUUAGACUUUCAUGAGUGACAAUUCCUCUACUGUAAUGCACUGCUUAGGGAGAGAACAUGAUUAUAAACAUCUGUUUACAGUUUUCAUAUUUACAAAAAUUUCAUAUGUGAAGCUAAUUUAUCACUGUAUUCUGCCAAAGAGAUGACUUAGUGGGUACAAAGUGUGUGAAGAAUUCCAUUUCUGCUGAAAAAGUAAACUCUUCCUCUGUCUUAACCAUGCUGUGGAACUUGUAUACAGUUUAAAUGGAAAUAUUCUUAGUUGGACUUAAUGUCACAAAGUACAGUUCAUGAAGAAAUUUGAUCACUGUCAUAGUAUCAUCAGACUAUGAGAAGCAUUGUAUUUUUUGAAGUAUGGUGUAUAUUUGUUGAUCACCUUAUCAAAAUCAUGUUUAUUGUAGUAUAAAUAGUGUGUUUCUCUUUUGUUGCUUCUAACCUCAAUAGCUAUAGCUGAUAAUGCAUGGUGACAAUUGACACAUUUAUUCAACCUUCUUGACAUAGCUGCAAAAUGGAACUGCUUGUACCUGCAGAAUACACUGGGUAAUUUAUAC